AUGGCGAGAACGAGACACAGAAGUACGGCAGUACAAAUUUAUAAACGGCCAAGCGAUGAAUUGCUGCAAAAAGUAACAAAUGUCUUACAAACACCAAAGAGUCCAAUUUCAAGUGGAGAAGAAGUAGAAUCCAACGAAGUUGUCGCAAAACAGAAGUGUGUAGAUAAGAAGCAAAGGAAAGACCUAUCGUCUAAAGUGCAGGUGACGUUAACUCAUGGGGAUACUACAUUAAAUUUGAAUUUUGAGUGA